AUGUCGGAUAAAGAAUCCACUAUUUACUUUGCCUUGAAAAAUGAUGACUUUGAAACUGUUUUGAAGCUCGUAGUAAAUGAAAAUAGAGAAAAUGACCCACUUCAUUUGAAUUCUCCAGAUAUUCCACAAUUAUUAAAAUUUGAUCCCUAUCCUAUUCACGUUGCUGCCUAUUUUGGCAGCAUUGAAUCGUUCAAGAUCCUCGAAAUGAACCAUUGCAACAUGAAUUCUCAAGAUCGGGUUAAAAGAUCUUUAAUUCAUUUUUCAUGUUUCGGCCACAACCAAGAUUUAUUAAAUGCAGUCAUUAAUGUUAGUCAGCAUCUAGAUAUUGUUGACAAAAUUGGUCGAAAUGCAAUUCAUUAUGCAGCAUUUGCUGGAAAUAAUGAUGCAUUAAAUUUAUUUUAUAUGUCUGGUGUUCCUUUUGAUAAAACCGACAAAAAGGGUUUCACACCUCUAAUGCUUGCAUGCAAAACAAAUUGUUUCGAAAAUGUUGAAAGCUUAGUCAAUUUUGGUGCUGAUAUUCAUGUCACUUUUAAUGGUUGCUCACUUUUAAUUUUUGCUUGCGAAGGAGGUAAUCCACAAACAGUAAAUUUACUUCUCGAACAUGGAUUCGAUGUAAACGAGAAUUCUCCAUAUGGUACACCACUUUCUAUUGCAGUUAUGAACAACAAAACAGAAGUUUCUAAAUUAUUAUUAUCGAAAGGUGCAGAUGCAAAGUAUUUGAUCGAGAAUCAGAACUCUCUUUGCGAAGUUGCAGCUAAAUUCAAUAAUAUAGAACUUCUUGAAGCAUUGAAGAGUCAUGGAGCUCUGUUUUCUCCAAACCAUGAUAUUUACAAAUUCGCAGAAAGUACGAUGAAUUCAGAUACAUUGAAAUAUUUGUUGAAAAACGGCUUUUCUGAAAAAGAAAACAAAAAUUUCGCAUCUGUAUGCUUCCUUAUUUAUAAGAAUGAUAUCCAAUCUAUAAAGGAAGUUUUAGAUUUAGGUGCUGAUAUAAAUCUUCCUGAUGAAACAAAUCAAACUCCUCUUCAGAUUGCAAUAAAUAUGAAAAGAAAUGAUUUGUUGCUUUCUCUAAUUGAUAAUGGUGCAAAUGUUAAUCUUAAGAACAAGGUUGGUAUAUCACCAAUAAUUUUUGCUGCACAAAAAGGCUUUAUCGAAGGAGUCCAACUUCUUCUAUCAAAGAAUGCGAAUGUAAAUGAUUGUGACAAUUUAAGAAUGACUCCUCUUCAUUAUGCUGUUAAAGGAGGUUAUAUAGAUCUUGUUCAUUAUUUGCUUCAGGAGGGCGCUGAUCCUAAAAUAUCAGAUAUCAACAAACAAACAUUAUUGAUGUCAAGUAUAUUUUUGGAAAACUAUGAAAUUGCAUCAUUGUUACUUGAAAAAGGAGUAGAUCCAAAUGAAGUUGAUAAAAAUGGCUACUCUGCGAUGUUCUAUGCAAAGAAGAAGAGCCAAUAUAUCAUCAAUCUCUUGAAAUCCUAUGGUGCCGUUAUCAAGUGUUAA